GCUCGACCAUCACCACCAGCGUCCGACCUGAUCGGUCCAAACAACACUCUAAAAAGGUCACGGGACGAGAAGCAACGCCAACAAAAGAAAAAAAAAAGAUGUCCAACGACAACAUCCGGGCGGCCGCCCAAGGCGCACCGCAGGAUGCGGACCAGAUCCAGACGGAAAAGGGGCCUGGGGCGAGCCACCUCUCGCAGCUGCACGAGGCCAAGAUCGACGACAAGGUGCUGCGGUCGCAGGCGGCCGAGGCCACGGAGCAGGAGCACAGCAUCGGGCUGGUGCAGGGGUUCAAGACGUACAAGCGGGCGGCGUUUUGGUCCGUGGUCAUCUCGUCGACCGUCAUCAUGGAGGGCUACGACGUGACGCUGAUCGGCAACUUCUUUGGGUACCCCGAGUUUCGGAAAAAGUACGGCGAGUACCUCAACGAGAGGUCGGGCUACCAGAUCUCGUCGCAGUGGCAGCAGGCCUUCAACAUCAGCUCGGCGUUUGCCAACAUCCUGGGCGCGCUGCUCAACGGCUACUUUACGUCGAGGUACGGCCACCGCAUGGUCUUGAUCGUUUCGCUCGCGUCCCUCGCCUGCUUCGUCUUCAUCUCCUUCUUCGCGCCCAACGUCCAGGCCCAGCUGGCGGGACAGAUCCUCUGCAACAUCCCCUGGGGGGUGUUCGCCACCACCGGGCCGGCCUACGCCGCCGAGGUGACGCCGCUCGCCAUCAGGGGCUACCUGACGGCGUACGUGAACCUGUGCUGGGUGAUUGGGCAGUUCAUAUCGACGGCGGUGCUGGCGGGGCUGGUCAACCGCCGCGACGAGUGGGGGUACCGCAUCCCCUUUGCCCUGCAGUGGAUCUGGCCCAUCCCGCUGAUGCUGGCCGCCUGGUUCGCCCCCGAGUCGCCCUGGCACCUGGUCAGGACGGGCCAGCUCGACAGGGCCAAGAGGUCGCUGGCCAGGCUGUCGGAGCCGCACCAGACCGUCGACCUCGACGCCACCGUCGCCAUGAUGGUGCACACCAACAAGCUCGAGAUGGAGGAGCGCAAGGGCACCACCUACUGGGACGCCUUCCGGGGCACGAACCGCCGCCGCACCGAGAUCGCCUGCAUGAGCUUCCUGUCGCAAAUCACAAACGGGGGUGCGCUCUGCUACUCGGGCAGCUUCUUCUUCCAGCAGGCCGGCGUCGCCGACGACGUUUCCUACUACAUCGGCGUCGGGGGCAUAGGUGUGGCUUUCAUCGGCACGGUGCUGUCGUGGGGUCUGAUCUACAGGUUCGGUAGACGCACCAUCUGGAUCGCCGGCUUCACCGGCAUCGUCAUGAUCCUCUGGACCAUUGGGUUCCUCGCCAUCCCGCCCAACCAGACGCUCGCCUUGUCGUACGCGCAGUCCUUCAUGUCUGUCGUCUGGCUGGGCCUGUACAGUUUGACCGUCGGCCCCAUAGUCUACACCAUCGUCUCCGAGAUUGGUUCGACGAGGUUGCGCACCCAGACGGUCGUGUUGGCUCGCACCACGUAUUACCUGGGCAACGUGAUCGGAGGGGGUACCCUGCAGCCAAAGAUGCUGGCACCUGGGGACUGGAACCUAAAGGGCAAGACUGCUUUCUUCUGGGCAAGCCUCGCAACGUUGACGUGGAUCUGGGGCUACUUCCGCAUGUUCGAGACCAAGGGCCGCACCUUUGGCGAGAUGGACGUCAUGUUCCAGCGUGGCAUCUCUGCGCGCAAGUCUGCCAAGUACGAGCUCACCAGCGACGACAUGUUUCUGGCGCAGGAGCAAGACAACAGACGGGGAGGGGAGAAUGUCAAGAACUGA